AUUCUGUAACAAGUCAGACAUCGGGAAGGAGAAUCCAUCAUAGGAAGUGAUAGGAAGAGUCCAGGGUCCUGGAGAACGGCCUCCAGACCUUCCAAGUGACGGAGAACCUGAAGAUCGGCCACCAGUAUGGUCAGUGAUGUAUCAUGGAGACCAAUAGUCAUGUUGUAGGAGCCAUGAGAAGGUAAGUAGGCACGUUGUACCCAGGAGGAGAGGAAGCAGAGGAGGAGAUGGCCGGAGUGUGGCCUGGAGGGAGGAUUUCUACCACUAGUCUGACAUCUAGAUGAUACUGGACUAUAACAAGGAGGCCUCCACUACGUCUAGAGGAAAGAAGGUUUCUCCACCAACAUAGAAGAGGAGUCUUUACUGUAAGAGCAGUGAGACUAUGGAGCUCUCUGCCAGAGGAAGGAGUCAUGGGGGAUUCUCUAGAAGAGUCCAGAAGGGGCCUGGAGGUCUGGAGGGAUUACACCAUAGUGAAGAAGACAUCGGGGGGGACUCCCAUCCUCCAUGAGUCAGGAGGGUGGAGCAGGACCCCCGUCACAGAGCCUCCCCCCCUGAUACAUGAGCAGAAGAUCCUAGAACUCACCCACAAGAUGAUGGAGCUGCUGACUGGAGAGGUUCCUGUAAGGUGUCAGGAUGUGGCGGUCUAUUUCUCCAUGGAGGAGUGGGAGUAUGUAGAAGGACACCAGGAUCUGUACAAGGAGGCCAUGAUGGAGGUUCCCCGGCCUCUGACAUCACCAGGUAAGAAGAGACGAGGUGAGAAGAGGCCGUGUUAGAGCCUCAGUCCGGUCAUGUGCAGUGUGUACACGCGUGUAAUGACAUGUAAUGUAGGAGCUCCACAUGUUAUUCUCCGGUCACAUCACGUUAGAGCCUACAUUUCCCAUAUACAUCACACUUCUCCAUAGGCUCCAUCCCCCUGACAGAUAUAGUGUCCUCUU